AUGAAGCAUUACAAAGCCUUUCUUUUUACCUUCCUUGUAUGGGCCUGGGAAAGCACAAAAAAUGGUGGCCUGAGCAACCUCAAUGGAGCAGAUAUUGUAGUGCAAAAGGAAUUAGGACCUAUUGCUGGAAGAAUGUUACUUGAAUAUGAUCGUCUGUACAAUGAUGAUGCCAGUAGCGUAUACACGAGCAGCACUAAUACUAAGAGAGCUUUUGGAAAUGAUUUCACAAGUGUCUUAGAUACAAGUGUUGAUGAUUUGAAAAGUGUAGCAUCAACUGAAAGGAUGAGUAUGGAUGCUAGUACUGCUGAUUCUAUUUUUGAUGAAACUGAUAAAGAAUCAUCAAAAAUGGACGAAUCUAUGUCAGAUAUGUAUGAUGAUGGUAGCAAUGCCACUCUUGAUUCUGCUGCUACAUUGAUGAGCAAAAGGGCAGAUGCAGCAAGGAAAUUCAAGAGCCAUUUAAGCAAUUCUGAAAAGAAUAAAAGAAAUACAAAUAUCGAUUUGUCAUAUGAUGACUUAAUUGCUGAAAGACUAAAGGAAGUUAGUCAAAAGGAGAAGGCUUUGAGAAAAGAAUUGUUAGAUGAAUCAUCUAUUGAUUUAAAAGAUGUUGGAAAGAGUUUGAAGAAAUAUUACAAGGAACGUGAAAUGGAAAGUAUGGAUGAUGUCACAUCAGAUUUCAAUCUUGAUGAAGAAUUAAAUGAUAAAAUAAAAGAACUUAGCACAAGGGAACAAGAAGCACUUAAAGAUGUAUUAAAUGGAUUCAGCAAAAAUAAAAAAUCCAAAGGUAAAGGAAAGCAUGUUGGUGAUUUCUCUGGAUAUCUUUUAAACUACAAAAAAUCACACAGAGAUGAUUCCAAUUUUGAAAUUAAUCAAAAUGAAAGAUUAUUAAAAAGAAUGAAAGAAUUCAGCUCAAAGGAUAGAGAAGCCAUGAGAAGAAUUUUAAAAAGAAUCAGAGGAGCUAGCAAAAAUGGUAGCAUGGAAGACAUAGAAAGAGAAUUAAAAUCCCUUUUAAAUACCAUCAAAAAGAAGAAAAACAGCGAUUCUGAUGAAAAUAUUGAUGCACUUGUAAAUGCCAUAGGUGAAUCUGUAUUUGCAGAUGAAAAUUCCUCCAAAAAAAUCAAAGAUACAAAAUUGGCAAAACUUUAUGGUUCCAAGGAAAGAGGAAGAAAAUCAUUGGGAGACCUUAGAUCUUACAUUGAUGAAAAUAUGGAUGAUGAACAUGCAGAAGUUGCUCACAUGUUAGUUAACAAAAUCGAAAAAUACAAACAUAAAAUGGCCAAAUUGCAAUCAAGAAGCAAGAACGAAUCCAAAUUCAUGAAAAUGAGACACAAUCUCAAACUUAAAAAGAUCCUCUUGUACGUUCCAUUAAUCUCUCUCAUAACAAGUGUCCUCUUAGCUGGCCUACUUUACUACUAUUGGGCAGGUCCAUUAACAGUAUCUGCAAUAUUCUUCAUUGGUUUAUUCAGUUUCAUUGCUGGAACUACUGUAUCUUAUGGUGUUUUGGGAAAAGCAUUGUUCAAUUCCUCACUUAAAAUCAUAGACUUUUUGUUGGGUGGUCAUGAAGAAUUAGAUACUGAUCACUACUUAGUGAAGAGAAGAAAAUACAAGAAAUUUUAA